AUGCCUUUUUUCAGAAGUUAUGAAAAUGAAUAAGGGGCAAACAAGGACAAAUGGCCGAUCAAAGGAGGAUGCACUAUAUUUAUUGGAUAAAAUUGCAUACGCAAGGACGGAUGAGAAAUUUGAGGCAGCAAUGGAUGACAUGAGAUCCUUUUCUCCAAGGCUAUUUGAUUGGCUUAUUCAUCAUGGGGAUGUAGAUAGGUGGGCUAAAAGUAGGUUCCCAUAUAAAAGAUGGGACAAUAUUACAACCAAUAUAGCAGAAUCAUUCAAUGCAUGGAUGGUGAAUGAGAGAAAGCAUACUGUACCCCAAUUGAUCUAUGAGCACCGAGAUAAAGUUGCAAGAAAGCUGCAUGCCUCCUAUGUGGGUAUGACCAAAUGGAAGAAUUGCGUUGGUCCAAAUAUAGAGAGUAAGGUGCUGGAUAUGGUGGCUGGGUCUGACCAUAUGUAUGCUGAAAAUUAUGGUGGGGGAAGAGUGAAGGUGACAACAUCACGUGGAGACCAUCGGGUUGAUCUUGGACUACACCAAUGCAGUUGCAGAUCUUGGCAAAUGACGGGGAUCCCUUGUUCCCAUGCUUGUGCUGCCAUCAAGAUUGUGCACGGCAAUGUUUAUGAUUAUAUUGAUAAUUGCUAUAAAAAGUCAUCACAAGAAAAGAUCUAUGCUCGCAGUAUGAUUCCUGUGGUAACAACAGACAUGCCUCACCCAAAUGACUACUAUAGAAUAGAAAAUGUCAGUGAGCAAGUUUUCUUGCUACCUCCCAUGACAUCCCGACCACCAGGAAGGCCAAAAGUAAACAGGGAUGAAUCACAGUUCCAGAACAAACGGAUAUACCACUGUGGAAGAUGCCACCAGCCUGGACACACAAGGAGGAAUUGCAGAAAUCCUAACCCAUCAUGAAGUUUCGAGUACAGUGGGGAUGGGUCAUUUUUUGGUGUACAUAGUUGUAUGCUCCGCCCUUGUCAACUUUUUUGGGACUGGGGUUGUAGUUAGGAGCUAGG